UCAUCUCAACAUUUCGAAAAAUAGAACAAAAGUGAACCUCUGCGACCGCGAGUUACAUUGAGAAGACGAAGCCUGAGUGUCCUCCCAGUUCUGAUUGCCUUUGUGUUUAAAAGGUGGGAAGCGGAAGAAAAAAGGGGUUUAGGUCAAGGUUGUGACAGAGAAGAGAAUCAAUGGAAGACGGUGAGAUUGAAGAGGGAUCAAUAGGCGGUGUAGAGGAAGAGGAACAAUCACCAGAGCCUCACAAGUCGGAGGAAUCGCCCUACCAAAUGUUGCGCAACAGCAAGGCCUCCGUACAGAACAUUGUCGCCGAUAUGCUCUCCAUUAAAAAAGAGGGUAAACCCAAGCAACUACUUCGAGAUCUCGUUACUCAGAUGUUCCUACAUUUCAUCACUCUCCGCCAGGCAAAUCGCAGUAUUUUGCUGGAGGAAGACCGCGUGAAAACCGAAACGGAGCGUGCCAAGGCGCCGGUGGAUUUCACCACGCUGCAGCUUCACAACCUCAUGUACGAGAAAAGCCACUACGUUAAGGCGAUCAAGGCCUGCAAAGACUUCAAGUCCAAAUAUCCUGACAUUGACCUUGUUCCUGAGGAGGACUUUUUCCGCGACGCUCCUCAAGAUAUCCAGGACUCCUUCUUGUCCAACGACGCCGCGCACAAUCUCAUGCUCAGAAGGCUCAAUUUCGAGCUAUUCCAGCGCAAAGAACUCUGCAAACUUCAUGAGAAAUUGGAACAACAAAAGAAAAUCCUUUUGGAGACUAUUGCAAACCGAAAGAAGUUCCUGACCAGUCUCCCUUCACAUCUAAAGUCUCUCAAGAAAGCCUCCUUGCCUGUACAAAACCAGCUAGGGCUUCAUCAUACAAAGAGAUUAAAGCAGCAUCAUUCAGCAGAGUUGCUUCCUCCAGCUCUUUAUGUGAUUUACUCACAGCUGUUGGCUCAAAAGGAGGCCUUUGGAGAACCCAUUGAUCUGGAGAUUAUAGGAAGCCUGAAGGAUGCUCAAGCUUUUGCUCGUCAACAAGCUCACAAGGACACUGACAUUUCCACUACCGUGGAGAGUUCCAAAUUGGAAGAUGAUGCUCCUGAUGAAGAAGAAGAUGGUCAGAGACGGAGAAAAAGGCCAAGGAGGGUUCAAGCCAAGGAGAGCCUUGACCAGGGGGGAAUAUAUCAAGUUCACCCACUAAAAAUCAUUAUCCAUGUGUAUGAAGAUGAGGCUUCGGGUCCUAAAUCUGCAAAACUCAUUACUCUAAGGUUCGAGUACUUGGUGAAGUUGAAUGUUGUAUGUGUUGGAAUAGAAGGAUCUAAUGAUGCUCCAGAGAAUGACCUCUUAUGCAAUUUAUUCCCUAAUGAUACGGGACUUGAGCUUCCUCACCAGUCAGCCAAACUCUUUGUUCAAGAUGCUAUAACAUUCAAUACUCAAAGAACCUCACGUCCUUAUAGAUGGGCUCAGCACCUGGCAGGGAUUGAUUUCUUGCCUGAGAUGUCUCCCUUGCUUCUUACUGACAACAGUGGAGCAGCCAAGAAUGAAAAUGUUAUAUCUGGUCUUUCACUAUAUCGCCAGCAGAACCGAGUACCGACAGUUCUGCAGAGAAUUCGUGCAAGAAGAAAAGCUCAAUUGGCCCUUCUGGAACAGCUAGAAUCUCUCACUAAGCUAGAGUGGCCUCGUUUGCCCUGCAAAAGUGUUCCAUGGGCUUUACACACUCCUUUGUGCAAUUUGGACAGUUGGUCACCUGUAAAACUUCCACCUGUACCUAGAGAGUCCUCAUCUCCUGCUGUCAUAGAUAAAGAAGAGCAUAUUCAGGAAGCAAUGGAUGCUGAUGUAAUUGAACGAUCUGGUGCCACAAAAGCAGAACCAGAGAGUAUAACAGAAGAUGGGGAGCUUCCAACGUUGCUUCCUAAAGUGUCUAAGCUUGGCCUUUCCGCACAACUGAACUUAAUUUCAAAAAGUAUCGUUCCUCCACUCAAUAAAAUCAGGUCACAAAGUUUCAAAAAGAUUGAUGAUAGUUCUGAUUUCUUGCUGGAUACUGAAAGUGAUCUUGAUGAGCCGGCACAGAUUGAACAAGAACAUGAAAAAUCCAAUUAUCAUGCCAGAAAGUCUGUUUCAUGGAUGAAUUACGGGCUCAAGGAAUUUCACUUAGUUCUUUGCAGAAAAAUCGGUACAGAUGAGAGCAAUUUGAAUUUAGAAGCCAAGAUCCAGAUCAGUAUGGAAUAUCCUCUAAGGCCUCCUCUUUUUCUAUUGAGCAUUAGUUGUAUAUCGUCUGGGGAAAACCAUGAUGAGACAGGAUUGGAGUGGUACAAUGAACUUCGUGCAAUGGAAGCAGAGGUCAAUCUACACUUACUAAAGAUGUUAACUGUCAAUCAACAAAAUUUUGUAUUGGCUCAUCAAGUGAGUUGUCUUGCUAUGUUGUUUGACUAUUAUUUGGAUGAGGCAUCCCCAUCAUCUGAAAGGACAAAUUGUACUUCCGUGGUUGAUGUUGGCUUAUGCAAGCCUGUUUCUGGUAGAUUCCUGGGUAGAUCUUUUAGAGGAAGGGAUCGCAGGAAGAUGAUCUCAUGGAAAGACAUGAAACUUAAUUCCAGCUGUAUCUAAUAGUGGUAGGUUCCUGUCUGGAUCUUCCAGAGGGUAGGAUCAAAUUGAUCUUAUGUGAAGAUACCCCUCCAAAUUGUCCCAAGCAGGAAUGUUCAGCUUUGGAGGUGACAAAUGGAUGCUACGGAAUAUGGUACCGCAAGGAUAAUGAUGUUGUACCUCUGUAAUAUGCGUUGAGCCAACCGUGCAACUUCAUUGUUCUUGACUCUACAACCAAAAAACUGACUGGGAUACUAUGAUAGAUUUUGAAGGGGUCAUUUUUGGUGUUUGAGUGUUUGUUAUUAUGCUUUAAUUUCUGGCAAAUGCAGCUAGUUGGGUUCCAGUAUAAGAGCAGGCAUCAUGGGUGGAAUUUAAGAGUUGUACAUUACUAAGGUCUACUACAUAGUUGUUGUAGACUUGUAGUAUUUUCUUUUAUUGGUUAUAUUUAAUUCUUUCCAUUCUGAAUCCGAGAUUCCCUAGCAAAGACGAGAUGAUUUCCUGUCAGCGGAAUUUUUAAGAAUAAAGGACAUUAUUACAACAAGUAGGUUGUAUUGUAUGU